AUGUUCUACAUAAACGCUUCGUUAAUUGGUGAGAGCAGCGAUUCGCGUGACGAAGACCUUUUGAGCAUUGAUGAUGUUUUUGAUGGGAUCACCAAAGGUGAUAUGGGCAAGCAGAUUGAAGAUAUGUUGUUAUCUGGUCGUGUGCACAUGAUCUCACGUCAGUCAACCCAGCGUUUCAAGGCGAAGCUCUACUGUAAAACGCUCGAUGAUUACAGAGUAAACAUUUAA